UUACAUGAUAGUUUGCAAUCUUAAUUUCAUGGUUUAUAGGCAUGUUGUAGAGAAUGGUUUAUGGAAUGUUGUUUCAUGCUUUAUAGGAAUGUUGUAGUAUUUCAUGGUUAUAGUAAGCAUCCUGUGUUGUGGCUGCUCUUAUAAAUGCUUCUUCAAAGAAAGAAUUAACUUUGUGGAGAGUCACCACCUUGCCUGGGUGAUUUUGAAGCCAGUUCUAAACAGUUUGUGAGUAAAAGGCACUGAGGGGCAACAUAAAACUCACCUACUGUGUGCAAAUAUAUGCAACUCACCACUGCUGACAAAGUAAACUUUAAAAGAAACACACAUUACCAAGCUGUAGCCACAAUAACUUAUAAUGCAAACGAGCAGACACUUCUGGGAACGGCGGGGCGGCGUUCAGAGCGACACCCUUAUAGUCGUAGGCGCCAGUCAUCCCGCUGCCCAGCUGGCCGUCCGGCGCCCCCGGCCCGCCGGCGGCCGCCGCUGCCGCUGCCGCUGCCGCCUCGUUGGCGCGAGGAAGCUUGGCUUCCGGAUAGGCCGACCGCCGCAGCUCCUCGCCCACUUCCGCGCCCGGCGCCCGCCCGCCAGCCCGCCCACCGACCGCAGACGCCCGCCCCGCACCGAACGAUAACUCGAAUCAGCCAGCAAGCUGUCACUGGAGGCUAA